AUGAAACCAUUUGCAGAUGAAGAUGUAGAAAUCUACAUCCAGAGCAAGGUGGAACAGCGACAUUAUCUGGUUUCCAAAGCAGUGGAGGAGGUGCAGAAAAUCAUACAGCAACUGACCGUGGAAAUCAGCGAUAAGGCCACGCGAUUCCAGGCUAUCUCCAACUCUGGCAUUCACAAUGAGAAUAUUAAGGAUCAGCCAGCUUUACUGGCCAAGUGGUCAGCUAUGCUUCGGGGGAAGCGCCCAUUCCACUCAUCCAUCCAGGUCUUAGCACCCAGCCAAUUCCUCAUCACAGUCCCUCUGCGUGGCCUGACCGGGUACAGGGAAUGCCAGGUACGGCACUGGCGUUAUUACACCGUGCAUGGAGCCAAGCUCCUCUCCUCCGUGCGGGACCCUGAGGAACUGCAUCAAUGGCUAGAGGUGGAGCAGUUCUCAAAAAGCCAUCAGCAGUGGCAUGAGACGGAUGUGAACAUCGAAGGUGAUCUGGUUCCAGCCAAAGUCCUUAUCGUCUUCCGGGAGCUGGUGGAGAAGUCGAUUACCUCCUGUAACCUCUCCAGUAAAGUGACGGUGCUGGAGAGCUUCAGCUCAGUGGUCCGGGUGGCUGUGGAGACGUCAGAAUCCCAGGUUGAGGUGGAGCUGGUCCCUGCUGUGGAGAUUCCAACUUGCUGGCCCGAGAAAGCCCGGUGGCCUCGUUGCCUUAAGCGUUGGCCUUCCCAGGAAAAAGUGCAGUGCAUCAAGUCGCUUGGUUUCGACCUUUUGGCCCGCUCCAAUUAUCACUGGCAGCUGUGCUUCUCCCGUGCUGAGCAUAUACUCAUGGAGGGACUUGAUGAAGAUGGUGGUUGUCGCAUGAAGUGCUUCAGGGUCUUGAGGCAGAUGAAGGAGGAUGUCUGGUGUGCUGGAAAUAAGCCUGUCAUCACAGCUUAUCACCUUCAGGUCUUAGCACCCAGCCAAUUCCUCAUCACAGUCCCUCUGCGUGGCCUGACCGGGUACAGGGAAUGCCAGGUACGGCACUGGCGUUAUUACACCGUGCAUGGAGCCAAGCUCCUCUCCUCCGUGCGGGACCCUGAGGAACUGCAUCAAUGGCUAGAGGUGGAGCAGUUCUCAAAAAGCCAUCAGCAGUGGCAUGAGACGGAUGUGAACAUCGAAGGUGAUCUGGUUCCAGCCAAAGUCCUUAUCGUCUUCCGGGAGCUGGUGGAGAAGUCGAUUACCUCCUGUAACCUCUCCAGUAAAGUGACGGUGCUGGAGAGCUUCAGCUCAGUGGUCCGGGUGGCUGUGGAGACGUCAGAAUCCCAGGUUGAGGUGGAGCUGGUCCCUGCUGUGGAGAUUCCAACUUGCUGGCCCGAGAAAGCCCGGUGGCCUCGUUGCCUUAAGCGUUGGCCUUCCCAGGAAAAAGUGCAGUGCAUCAAGUCGCUUGGUUUCGACCUUUUGGCCCGCUCCAAUUAUCACUGGCAGCUGUGCUUCUCCCGUGCUGAGCAUAUACUCAUGGAGGGACUUGAUGAAGAUGGUGGUUGUCGCAUGAAGUGCUUCAGGGUCUUGAGGCAGAUGAAGGAGGAUGUCUGGUGUGCUGGAAAUAAGCCUGUCAUCACAGCUUAUCACCUUCAGACAGUGCUAUUCUGGACGUGUGAAAAAUACCCACGCACCAAGGAUUGGCGCUGCUUCCCCGAAGCCUUUCUGAGGCUGGUGCAGAAGCUGCACAAGUGUGUAAGCCAGCACUUCCUCAAGCAUUACUUUGUCAAGAACACCAAUCUGCUCAAAUACACCAAUACCAGUGACCUGGACCUGGUGGCCAGGAAGCUCGCAGUCUUCUUGGAGAACCCUGUCUUCUGCCUGGACUAAGGCAGGAAAAGGCCUCCUCACCCCAACCCUGAGCUGAUCCCCCACCUCCUCUCCCCGCCUGUGGUUGUUCUUCGUGUCCUUCCAGU